AUGGAGCAAGAGGUAAAAAUGGAGGAAUAUAGUCCAUAUGUUGCUUCUAAUUUUCGGGAUACUGAAGCAAGACAAAAAUACAAAGGGAACUGGCCAAAAGAAGAAUAUAUUGAUGAGCUAUACAACUUGAAAAUGCCAAAAGAGGAGUACAAUGAUAACUCUGGCUAUUUGUUUGGGCCGGCAUGGCUUGAAGCAAUUGCCAGCUCUCGGGUGCCUGUAUAA